CCAUUCUGCUUUUGUUCUAGUAGCCGGAUCGAGUUGGGGGACGUUACACCCCACAACAUUAAACAGUUGAAGCGUCUGAACCAAGUGAUCUUCCCUGUCAGCUACAACGACAAGUUCUACAAAGAUGUUCUUGAAGUAGGAGAGCUCGCCAAGCUAGCGUAUUUCAACGACAUCGCAGUUGGUGCCGUGUGCUGUAGAGUGGAUCACUCUCAGAACCAGAAGCGACUCUACAUCAUGACCCUGGGUUGCCUAGCGCCUUACCGCAGACUUGGCAUUGGAACAAAAAUGCUGAACCAUGUGUUGAACAUUUGUGAGAAGGAUGGCACUUUUGACAACAUUUACCUUCAUGUGCAGAUCAGCAAUGAGUCUGCAAUUGACUUCUACCAGAAAUUUGGCUUUGAGAUCAUCGAGACAAAAAAGAACUAUUACAAGAGGAUAGAGCCAGCAGAUGCCCACGUUCUUCAGAAAAGCCUGCGCAGCCCAUGUGCGCCCCCAGCAGGAGAGCUGCAGAAAGCCGACUAGGGAUCGAAGCGCAACACCAGAUUGGUCUCUUCCCCCAAAUGGAACUGUAACAGAUGCCCCAGGGUUGACACACUCACCACUUUCUUCAGAGGACAUUUUAAACAGAAAAAGUCAAUGACAUAUUUGCUGCAUUUAUUGUGCAAAAACUUUAGUCCCCCCUCAAUUGUUUUUUUUUUUUUUUUUCGUUUCAUAAUUUAGAGAGUUGAAAUUACAUGGAGGUUUUCAAG